GACAUCUUAAGAAUAUCGUUUAUUGAGAACUUGUGACGCAACAAAAUUAUGAAGAAAAAUGCAAAUUAAGUCGCUAAAAUGUUCAUUCUUACUCGUGUUUUGCUUGCAAUUCCCUCCGUCGGACGCAUCUCGGGACAAUCUAGAAAAACGGGCCCAUCUUGUGAGACAAUCGAACGAUAAUCUUCUUCUCGAACCGGCUUGGGAUCGAAAUGUUUCCUUGCGAUUGAUGGGUGAAUCCGCUACCGUGACAAUCAAUGAUGUAGACAUGAUGACGGUGCUUCGGCGGCGCCAAAGGAUUAUUGCCGAUCGCCAAGCGGCUCGAAGGGAGCCCCUGCAAGUGGAGGCCGUUAGGGAUAUGUUCCAGGAUGUGGAGCGUAAAAUGACGAGGAUUCAACGAAGGAUCUUCAGUGCGAGAAACUCUACGAAAAGAAGUGGGCUCAAUCAACGCAUCCUGCGCUGGCAAUUGCAGCGCGUGGAACGCGUCAGGGGAAUACUGCAGACCCUCGAGGGAAACCUGGCCAGAAACGAGUGCUUAUCCGAUCCGUGCAAAAACGGUGGAACUUGCCACGAUGCCUACAAGGGAUUCCAGUGCGAGUGCCCAGCGGGCUGGCAAGGAGAAUCUUGUGAAGACGACGUAAACGAGUGUUUCACCUUGGCCGGGACAGAUCUCGAUGGGUGUCUAAACCAUGGCCAGUGCAUUAACACUCCAGGAAGUUACCGGUGCGUUUGCCGCAAUGGAUUCACUGGCACCCACUGUCGUCUUCGUCACAACAAUUGUCUGUUCGGCGGCUCCCGGGAGCUCUGCGGCGAACAUGGCACCUGCAUCCAGGCGGCCAAUUCCGCUGGCUAUGUGUGCAUCUGCGAUCAGGGAUGGACUUGGGCAGAUGCCAAUGUGACCACCGCCAGCCCAAGUGCCUGCUCCCGCGACGUCGAUGAGUGUGAGCCGCGCGUGAAUCCUUGCCAUGCUGAGUGCAUUAAUCUGCCGGGGAGUUUUCGAUGCGGAGCCUGUCCAACGGGAUACACGGGUGAUGGGCGCUUCUGCCGCGAUAUAGACGAAUGUGCCACCGAGGAUAAUGGCGGCUGUAGCCUCCAGCCACGGGUAACCUGCACCAACACAGAGGGCUCACAUCGCUGUGGCCGAUGUCCAGCCGGUUGGACGGGCGAUGGACGAACAUGCACAGCAUCGGACUCUAACUCGUGCAACAAUGAGGGGAUUUGCCAUCCGCUGGCCAAGUGCGAGUAUGUAUCCGACAUGGUGGUGUGCACAUGCCCAUUGGGCAGCUUUGGACAUGGCUAUGGCGUUGAUGGAUGCACCGCGGACUCCAGUCGACUGCCCUGCGACCAGCAUCCUUGCCAGAACAACGGCACCUGCGUCCAGAACGGAAGGGGAACCACGUGCAUAUGCCAGCCUGGCUAUACUGGCGUUGUGUGCAGCUCGUCGGAUGCGUGCCACCCAAGUCCCUGCCUAAAUGGUGGAACAUGCCGCCUAUUACCGGAUGCCAAGUACCAAUGCGUUUGCCCACACGGCUAUACCGGCACCACCUGCUCCCAUCAGCGAUUCUUUUGCGGUGUCACGAUACGUGGACAAUCGGGCCAGUUGCAUUACCCACCCAACACAGCUGAUGGCAAUUAUCAGGCCGACGAGCGCUGUCCUAUCAUCAUACGCACAAAUCGAAACCUGGUGCUCAACCUGACCUUCACCCAGUUCGAACUGCAGGACAGUGCCGACUGCUCUGCCGAUUUUCUGCAGCUGCACGAUGGCAACUCCCUGACCUCGCGUUUGAUUGGUCGAUUCUGUGGCUCUCGUUUGCCCAUGACAAAUGGCAGCGUUAUCACCACUCAGGAGCAGGUCUUUUUCUGGUUCCGCUCUGACAACGAGACCCAAGGCAAGGGCUUCCAUGUCAUCUGGAAUUCCUUGCCCUUCUCCUGCGGCGAAACUAUUUCUCUGACAUCGACACAGACCGGCGUGGUGCGAUCUCCGGGCUAUCCUGGUCAGGCCCGACCGGAACUCGACUGUCGCUGGGAACUGACGGCGCCGUUUGGCUACCGGCUGGUCCUUCGGUUCUACGACAUAUCGCUGGGCAGCAGCGAAUCAUCUGCCGGGAACUGCAGCCAGGACUCACUCAUUGUCUACGACUCCGAUCGCCAGUUGCUGCGCGCCUGUCAGUCUAUUCAGCCGCUGCCGCUGUAUAGCUCCUCAAAUAGCCUGCGCCUGGACUUUCACACGGAUGCCAUACGUUCGGAUAGCUCCUUUCAGAUGCACUAUGAAGUGGUGCCGGGCCAGCCCGGCUGUGGAGGAGUGUACACGGAGCCACGGGGUCGCAUCUCUGGUUACAUGAACUACGAGGUCUGCCUCUAUCUAAUCGAACAGCCACGAGGGACGCAAGUGAAGCUGGUGAUCGAUCGUGUUAUACUGUUGGAAUCGUUGAGCUGUCACUAUCUGAGCAUCGAGAUCUUUGACGGAAGAUCAACUGACGCGCCACUUUUACGGCGCAUCUGCGGAAGUCACGAGGAAAGUGAACUAGAGCCGAUAAUAUCCACUGGAAAUGUGAUUCUAGUGCGCUAUGAGUACGGCUUGAGUGGCGUGAGUCUGACUAAAAGUUUUGAUUUGACUUACACAAGAGUGUGCACUGGUAACUUCAACACCAAUUCCGGGAUAAUCAGUACUCCCAACUAUCCGGGUCCAUAUUUCGAUGACAUGACCUGUACUUACAACUUGACCGGACCACUGGAUACCGCUGUUCAAAUGAGAAUCACUGACCUAUCACUGGGCACUGCAAAUAAUGAAAAUGAAACAUCUUACUUGGACGUGUAUCUAUCGGCGGAUCAAAAGCGGCAUAUUGUUAAAUCAACGGAUAACCUCGUCCUGUUGUCACAUAGCAAUCGGGCUAGUCUGGUCUUCCACGGAUCCGGUGGAGGUCGUGGAAUGCGACUUGAAUACAAUUUUGUUCCUAAUCAGUGCGGCGGAUUUCUUAACGAGCCCGGCAGGCGAUUUAUGAAAGGCGUUCGGGGUACAUUUUGUCAGUGGUUCAUUGACUUUCCCGGAAGGAAAAAUAUCACUAUUUAUGCACUGGGGACAUCUGGAAGUAUAUCCAUAUAUGAUAAUAGCACAAGUCCAGGAAAAUUAAUAAAUAGUUAUUCUGGGAAUGUGGCUGACGUUUUCGAUGUAGAUCUAUUGACGAUAAACGUACUUAAAAAUUCGCCCGUGCUCCAACUUUAUGUAAUUCAAUUUGACAUUGCCGAACAAGAUAGUUGUGGAGGAACCUUCACAGGCCGCUUUGGCUACAUCAAAUCACCAAAUUGGCCGAAGAACUAUGGGGAAUUUCAAACGUGUGAGUGGAUCUUAAGAGCACCCUUUGGCCACCGCAUAGAGUUGGUGGUGCACAAUUUUACGCUGGAGGGAGGGUAUAGUUCCACUGGAUGCUGGACAGACUGGCUGGAAAUAAGGAAUGGAGACUCUGAAUCAUCACCGCUGAUCGGACGUUAUUGCGGCACUGCGAUUCCGAGCAGGCUUCCCUCAUUCGGAAAUGUGUUGCACCUUAAGUUCAAGUCAGAUGGCACCAUGGAGGAGAAGGGAUUCCGUUUAAGCUGGCAGCAGAUCGGAGCCGGAUGCGGCGGCAAGCUGACCUCAUCCACGGGGACCAUUCAUUCUCCGCAUUUAUUGGCGGGAAAUCGUGGUAUCCUUGCUUGCGACUGGCAGAUCAUCGUUGCCGAGGGAUCCAGAGUAAGCCUGCAACUGUCUAGUAAUGACAAUCGUAUAUGUAGUGGUCAACUGACCUUAUACGAUGGACCCACCCCCGCCAGCAGUCCAAUAGUGAUGCGUUGCAACGGAACAAUUGCCCAACCGCUACAGUCGACCGGAAAUCGAGUACUUGUACGUUACGAUGUUGGCCAUGAUGCACCUGACGGCACCGACUUCAUGCUGGACUACCAAACAAACUGUCGAGUUCGGGUGGAGGGCCUUCAGGGAGCCAUUGAAACGCCCAAUUUCCCGGAGAACUAUCCGCCAGGCCUAGACUGCGAAUGGGAUAUUCGAGCUGGUGGGCGUAAGAAUCAUUUACAGCUCAUAUUCUCCCACCUGUCAGUCGAGGAAUUUUCCUCCAUUUGUGACAAUGACUAUGUGUCCCUUAUCGACAUGCUGGACGACCAAACGCUCAGCGAGCAGCAUCUGUGCACCAACGAUGGCUUGGACCCCAUCACCACCGUCGGGAAUCGAUUGCUUCUUCGCUUUAAGAGCGAUACUUCGGUGCAGAUGCAAGGCUUCCGGGCCGAGUACAAGCGCAUUGGAUGUGGAGAGCACCUUCGGGAAUCGGACGGAAGAUUUGAAUCGCCGAAUGCACCCUUCAGCGUGGACAUGGACUGUGUUUGGGUUAUCACAGCAUCGGAGGGCAAUCAGAUCCGGCUCCUACUCCAUGAAGUCUACUUCGAGGCGGCCCAGAUCGAGUGCCGCGAUGCGGAAUCUAGUCUCUCCGUAUCCGCACCCAGUGGAUACAACUCCUCAGUGGUACUGUUCCGAAGUUGUCACGAGGAGACGCAGACGCAAACCUUUACCUCGCCGGGAAAUGAGCUAGUGAUUCGCUUUGUGAGCAGCUCGGCACCGUCUAGGAAGUACUUUAAGGCCAGCUUUGACCAGGUGCCAGCCAGUUGUGGAGGAUACAUAAGCGCCAGUAGCGGUGUGCUGACCACCCCCGGAUUCCACAAUCGCCUGGACAGCACAAACGUGGCUAAUUACACAUCCAACAUUGAGUGCGUAUGGACUGUAGAGGUAACUAAUGGGUAUGGCAUUAGGCCGCAUUUUGAGCAAUUUAACCUUACGGAUUCAGGCAACUGCUCACAUAGUUUUGUGGAACUAACGAAACUGGAACCGGACAACAAGGAAAUAUUUCUGGAGAAGACCUGCGGCGAGGACUCGCCAAUGAUCCGAAUAGUUCACGGACAAAAGCUGCGAGUCCGUUUCAAAGCCCAGGCCGGAACCUGGGGCAGGUUCAUCAUGUAUUUUGAGCGCCAGUGUGGUGGACCGCUAUCCACUGGCGAGGGAUACUUUCAAUCCCGCCUGGACGAAGACUGCAGCUGGCUGGUUUCCUCACCGGAGGGCAGCAAACUGAGCCUUAGCAUUAAUCAGCUAGAGUGCCCUAAAUGCACUGCCGUUUCGCAAAAUUGCUCGGAGGGUCUGCAGCUGCUCAACGACGAUGACCAGGUCUUACUAUACCAAAUGUGUCGCGAUCAUCCAGCCAAUCUUAUAGUGCCCGCAAACAAUGUGCGUAUCCUGACCCACGGAAUAAGGCUGCAGGCGCAGUUUAGCACUUUUGAGAACUCAUGUGGCGGGAAUAUCACAUCAGCCCGCGGCAGCCUUAGUUCACCCAAUUAUCCGGACAGUUAUCCGGCCAACAUUGAGUGCGUGUGGUCCAUCGAGACACGUCCGGGAAAUGCCUUGGAAGUCACCUUUGAGGACAUGGACAUUGUUCGCUCCGAUCACUGCAACGAUGACUUCUUAGAGAUACGCUCUGGUGUCAAGGGUCCGCUACUUUCACUCUACUGCGAUAAGAAGCUACCAGAGACUCCCUUGGUGGUCCACUCUGAGUUAUGGAUCAAAUUCCGCAGCAGGCCAGGAAACACCGCUGGGGGCUUCCGUCUCCGAUGGACUUACGUGCACAACAACGAGAUUACUAGUGGCACCAAUGGAACAAUCGAGCCUCCUCCGCCGCUCUUCGUUAGGAACGAGGAUCAACCCUUCACCUGGCGCAUUUUUACGGACUACGGGAAGGUUUUUGCCUUGCAGUUUGAGGAAUAUAUUUCUGGCCUCUUACUCUUUGAUGGCUAUGAUGAUAACGCUUUGGCGGUCAAUAUCCCCGUCAGUCCAUGGAGGUUUACCUCCAGCAGCAAUGUGGUCUACUUAAAGACGGUGAAUGACGCACUAACUCAUUUUCAACUAAAGUGGGGCGUGCUGGACAGCUAUUUGGUGGAGAGUAAUCUCAGCUUAACCACCGCUGAUUGUAUAAAGGAGCUGACGUUAAACCAUCAUGGCGACAUUGAGAUAAGUUCGCCGGGAUAUCCACAAGGCUACACACCCAAUUUAAAUUGCGAAUGGACCAUAAAGCCACAGUUCCCUUCACAUCAUAUAUACGCCCAUUCAAUAAUUGUGGAUCUCGAGGACUAUCCCGCUUGUAGUGCCGAUUAUCUACGUAUCCAGAGUUCACGUGAUCUCAGCAAAUGGAACAACGAGCUGCACGCUUGCAAGACAUCACAGGUUGCCGCAGUUCACGGAACGCCAUAUCUAAGAUUACAGUUCCGUAGUGAUGUAUCCAUCAACGGCACUGGAUUCCGGGCGAAGCUACGUACCUCCUGUGGCUCCAAUAUGACCGGCAUCGUAGGCACCAUUCCGCAGGACAACCUCUUCGAUGAGUGUGCCUGGCACAUCGACGUCCGACCAGGACGGAAAAUCGACAUUGCAAUUAUUUAUAAUAAUAUGCCGCCAACAGCAAAGUGUGAGGCAUACGGUCUAAUCUACGAUGGUUUGGACGAACAUGCAUCUUUGCUGGGACAUAGCAGGUUUGGCAACCAACUGGGCAUUAGAACGACACUAUUCCGAACAAGCGGCUCGCACGCCUACAUAAAAUACCAUAUCGGCAGAUCAGGAAUAAACGGCCUUUGCCUGUGGAAUCUCACAUACCGAGAGUUUAACGAGUGCAAUGAGGAGAUUCAGUUGAACCAGCAGGCUCCUAACUACACGAUUAUGUCUCCGGGCUAUCCGUAUCUGCCGCAUCCCCGCGCGGAAUGCACGUGGCUGGUCAUGGCGCCGCCCGGUGAGACCAUUGCAGUCGAUUUUGAUGAGCAAUUCGAGUUGAGUGCCCGCCACUGCGACAAGGAAAAUGUGGAGUUCUUCGAUGGCGCCACCAAACUGGCCCGCCUUUUGCUCCGCACCUGUCGCAAGCCGCAGACCAGGGUGCGCACAACUGGCAAUCUGCUUCUCGUCCACUACCAAUCACAGCUCAAAGAACCUACUGGAGGUUUUCGGUUAAACCUAUCACUAAGCACAUGUGGUGGCCAGUUCAGUGCAUCGUCUGGGUUCAUCAGCUCGGAGAAUUAUCCUCAUUUGGGUGGCUAUCCCAAGCCGUCGGUGUGUGAGUAUAGCAUUCUCUUACCCAAGAACAUGUUCAUUCGGUUAAACAUCACCGAUCUCCACUUGCCCUACGAUGCAAAUGGAACAUCCUCAAGUAGCACCAGCGAUCGCCUGGAAAUUGUUGACUAUGAGGAUCGAACUCGAACACUAAUGGUGCUGGAUGGAAGAACAAAAAACUCCGUCCUCUUCACUCUAAACACAAAUGCGGCGACCAUUCGCUUCGUGGCCAUUAAAAAUGUGAACAAUUAUCGAGGCUUCAAGAUAAAAUACGAGCGAGAUGUGGGAACUUGCUCAAGGAAUAUAAAUGGAGCUUCAGGGGACAUCAUAAUUCCGCCAAUGCCGCAGUCGGCCUGGCUUCGAUUCUGCCGCUUGAGGAUCAGCGUGCCAAAGGGUCAACGGGUACGUCUGAAUCUUCUCAAUCUGGCUAAUAUUCGCGUUGUCAUGCGAAACGACACAAACCGAUCCUUCAGGCAAAUUGUUCGAUUGAAAAGUAUGGCGCACUUCUCCUUUUACAACGACGAUAACUCACUAUCCAAGAUCACCGAGUUCCGGAUCGAUGGUGGCUACAACGGCAGCGGGAUUAUUGAGUCCACCGACAACUUUAUGCUCGUCGUUGUCAUGACCAACCAGUUGGAUUUAAGUGCCACCCCGCUGAGAGCUCGGUACAGUUCCAGUGAACCAACAGUCUGCCCGCCGAAUAUCGGGGAUCAGGCCACGGGCUCGCUUUCCAUCCAAGGUCUCCUACAAGUGCCCGGCUACCAUUGCACCAUUCAAUUUGUGGGCACUGCCAGUGCAACGCUCACCUUCAAGGUGGAAGAGUAUCUAUUCCAAACAGCCGGCGGCCCAGCAGUUGUGUUCAGAGACGACAUUACGAAUAUUCCCGUCAAGGCGAUGUACGCUAAUGUGACCAAUAGUUUCGUCUCCGUGGUCACCUCAGCUGGAAGUGUAACGCUUCUGAAUGGCAAAAACGUCAAAUUGCGACGCUUCCGGUCCACAUACAGACGACACAAUUGCGGCGGACGUUUGCAGGCGGCUGAGGGAGUUACCAUCAAGUCACCGGAUCUGUUGACAACACUAAAUGAUGCUUACGGCGAAGUUGAGUGCCUCUGGACGCUGAGCAACAGCAACGGCUAUGUGCUGGAGGGCAAUGUAACACUAACGGAUCGGUGCGAUCGGGAGUACAUUGUGAUCUUUAACGGACAGUCGGAAGUGGGUCGCAUAUGCCGGGGUAUGGCCAUGAAUAGCACGCUCCUGGAGCGUUCGUUCUCCACGAUACUCUACCAUUCGGAGAGGCGACUCCCUCAGCAGAGUAAGUUCAUCCUCCAAGCAUGGAAAUCAGUCUCUUCUGGCAAUGUGGUUCGCAUUGACUACCGACCUUCGCCACCGGUGACGAUUAGUAGCAAGAAUUACUUGCAGAGCAAGCAACGCAUAUGGGAGUUUGUUACCAAUGAUGGUCUAUCUUUGAGGCUACAUUUCCUGGAUCGAAUCUUCAUUGUUAGCUCACCCAACUGCUCGACCGAUCGAUUGACGGUGGAGCGUUACGAUCGGACGACUGAAGAGUUUAUAGAGGUGACUAGCCUGUGCGGCAGGCAAACAGCUAACGAUAUUCUGGUGCCAUCCGAUCGGAUGCGAGUGAUAUUCCAAACGAACUCUAAUAUAACGGGCGAUGGUUUCAGUUUCCAAGUCUUUCCCAGCUGUGAUACCCUACUGUUGGUCGGAGCAGAGAUCCAAACCCUGGCCGGUCCCAGUUGGGACGCGUUCCGCGGACAGAAGUUCAAUUGCAGCUACACAUUCUUGGCGCCCGACGACCACCACCAAGUGGUGGUCAGUGUGAGGACCAGAGGACGUCCAUGGGCGUUGUAUGCCUGCAGCAGAUCCUACUUCGAGGCUUAUCGUCGCGGCAAUGGCGAUGGAGUUGUGGAGGAGAGCAUUGGCAAGCUUUGUCCCGAGUUCGAGGUGAAGGGCAAUGGCAGAGUUCGCUUGCAUUAUGUAUCUCAACUGUCGCGUUGGUUCGAGAUGCAAUACCAACUGAUACAAUGCGGUGGGAACUACAGCAAAUCCUUUACUCUGCGCCCGCCGCAGAAUGAGGAUUCUGGUGAAUAUGCCCACAACACGGUAUGCGAAUGGAGGGUCACCGCUCCUCCACAGCAUGCCGUCGUAAUAGAGUUCAAGUAUUUUGAUAUGGAGAUAUGUGGCUUCGACAGUCUAACCAUCUAUCGUGGCCAUGUGGCCAGCGAGGAGCAGAGAACGGACCUCCUAUGCGGCAAUGUGACCAAUCCUGCGACUAUCAUGGUGAAUAGCAAUGAAGCUCUCAUUGUCCUGUCCACGGACAGUUCGAACAGUUACCGGGGCUUCCUCGCCAGUGUGCGCUUCACCCCCAAUUGCAACGAGCAUGUGGCCUUAGAUCUGGAAGUACCUCGCAUGAGCGUGAUGCGACAAUACGCGGUCAAUAUUAGCGAACCACUGUUGUGCAUCUUCCAGGCCAGCGCUCCGCCGGAUUACCGCAUUUCUCUGGAGGUGCGCAAGCUGCAGCUAAACGAUAUCGUCUGCCGUACCUGCAGCUACUUGGAAAUCCACGACAGCAAUGAGGUCGAAGGCCAGAAUCUUGGCAGGUACUUUGGUGGCAUAAAUGGCAAUGAACCCUCGAAUAGGACAAAGGUGUUUAGUUCCUUUUGGGACAUGUCCUUCAAGUUGAGCGCAAAUACCAGACAGGCUCAGAGGAACAUCAGCUUUGAGCUAAUCCUGCAAAUGGAGCGCACUGUCUGCGGGCAAGGGGAGUACGACUUGGGGUUGAAUGAGACUAUUACGUUGGGUAUGCAGUAUGACAACAGCACGAGAUUCUACGAGGGCAGUAUACAGUGCCUCUGGAUAAUCAAGAACAAAGGAGAUGUGGAAUUAGAUUUCCGGAAGCUUCGCCUUAAGGAAAUAUCUCAGCGGACAGGCAAAUGCACGGACUACAUAAAACUGUCCAAACCUUAUUUCUCUAGAUCAUAUUGCGGACAACACGACAAAAGUUUCAAGAUAGUCGAAGCGGUGAAUGAAUCCAACUUGCAAUUGGAUUUCCACAGCGACGGUCUCGAGGAAUCGCAAGGAUUUGAAGUAAUCAUACGCCGAAAGUCAAAGUGCAAUCGAAACUACACGGAGCCGAGUCAGGUGAUUGUUACCGGCAAUCAUACCAACUGCACGGAUUAUAUCCGAGUUCCAAGAGGUUACAGCAUAACGCUGUACGUGAUGAUUGUGCUGUUCGAUAGUUUCGAUAAUAAUUAUUUUAGGGUAAUAGAUGUACAGUCGAACAGGACCAUAUACACCAAUUCGGACAUUCAAUGGGAAACGAAAGCUUUGAUUACAUCUACCAACGAGCUGCGUCUCGAAAGCCGUCGAGUAUCGUCCCUCAAGUUCUUCUACUUUUCCACCAGCAACCAGUUUCCUGGUGGAUGUGGUGGUGAUCUAGCCGUUGGUGGGUCGGUGGGCAGCUAUCUGGAGAAUCCCUCCUACGAAGGACGCAACAGCUCACUGUGCACUUGGAAAAUAUCCGUACCAGCCGGCGGAAGCCUGCGAUUUAGCUUCGCAGAAUUCAACAUGGGCUCGGAGAGCAAUUGUGAUCUGGACAAUGUGCGAUUUUAUGACAGCGUUGUUGACGACCAAAGACUUGUGAAAAAAAUAUGUGGAUCAAGGAUUUCUGAUAUGUUUACCAUACCCAAAAAUAACGUUAUUAUAGUUGCUAAAAAAUCUCAAAACUUUGAUGGAUUAGGAUUUAGGAUGUAUAUAAAAGAAAUUGGCUAAAGUCUUUCAGAUUUAGUUCAGGAAAUGUUUCGUUUCAUGAUCACGGAUAAUAAACAGGUUAUAAGUAAUUCAUUAUACUACAUUUUAAUUACUCAUGUAUUUCGAUGCUCUUGUGAAUAAAAAUCUAUUCAUGUGAAUAUAUGCAAA